AUGAUGGUUGGGUCAGAGAAGCCAGGCAUUGGAGGAGAACUUCUCUUGGGGCAGAGCGCAAGACCCAAGUAUUCACUUUUUCCAAAGGGAGAGGGCAGCGAUGCUCCGGCAUGGGUUGCUUUUGACAAACAGGUCCUGUGUUUUGAUGCUUAUUUCCAAGAAGCUGUACCUCAGAGGAGGGAAGAAAAAUAUAGAGUGCGAAAGUGCAAGAUUUACUUCUAUCUGGAGGAUGACACCAUACAAGUAGUGGAGCCAGAGUUCAAAAACAGUGGGAUCCCACAGGGAACCCUGAUUCGGAGGCACCGCAUUCCUCUCCCAGCUCCUAAAGAUGAUUGCUUCUACAAUGUGCACCAUUUUAACGUCAAUCAGGAAAUAGUGUUCUAUAACAGAACCUUUAUGAUUACGGACUGUGACCCCUUCACACGCAACUUCUUGAUAAAAAUGGGAGUGCACCUAAACCCCCCUGCUUCCACGCCAGCAGAUCCCUAUACCACACAUCGACAAGAGAUGGAGGAGAACAUGAAGCCACUGCGGCCGUAUGAAAGAAUAGAUGCCCUGAAGCAGUUUUUGGAACAUGACCGCAAAGUCCUACGCUUCUACUGCUACUGGGAUGAUACCGAGAGCAUGUUUGGAGACCCCAGAGAGCUGAUCUUGCAUUACUUCCUGGCAGAUGACACAAUGGAAAUUUACGAAGUUGUCCUUUCAAACUCUGGUCGAGAUGCUGUCCCUAAAUUUCUGCACAGGGGAAAGCUUCCCAAGCAUGCUCCUAUUCCCAAACAUCAGCCUGGAGAAAUAACAGACCGCACAGUCCUCAAUGUAUUCGGACCAGUCGGACAAGGAGGACGCUACAUUUUGGAUAGCCUCAAGACUGGAGCAGUAGAAGAACAAUUCUACAAAGACUGUGACCUGACCGUUGGAGGCGUCAUUAAUGUGUGGGGUCGUAGGAUGUUAAUAUGUGACUGCGACAACUUCACUAAAGAGUAUUAUCGCUCUAAAUAUGGUAUUGGGAAGUUCAUUCUUGGAAAAGACAAAUUUCACAAAUCUCAGCAUUUUGAUUAUUCAAAUGGAGUAGCCAUGAUGGUUGGGUCAGAGAAGCCAGGCAUUGGAGGAGAACUUCUCUUGGGGCAGAGCGCAAGACCCAAGUAUUCACUUUUUCCAAAGGGAGAGGGCAGCGAUGCUCCGGCAUGGGUUGCUUUUGACAAACAGGUCCUGUGUUUUGAUGCUUAUUUCCAAGAAGCUGUACCUCAGAGGAGGGAAGAAAAAUAUAGAGUGCGAAAGUGCAAGAUUUACUUCUAUCUGGAGGAUGACACCAUACAAGUAGUGGAGCCAGAGUUCAAAAACAGUGGGAUCCCACAGGGAACCCUGAUUCGGAGGCACCGCAUUCCUCUCCCAGCUCCUAAAGAUGAUUGCUUCUACAAUGUGCACCAUUUUAACGUCAAUCAGGAAAUAGUGUUCUAUAACAGAACCUUUAUGAUUACGGACUGUGACCCCUUCACACGCAACUUCUUGAUAAAAAUGGGAGUGCACCUAAACCCCCCUGCUUCCACGCCAGCAGAUCCCUAUACCACACAUCGACAAGAGAUGGAGGAGAACAUGAAGCCACUGCGGCCGUAUGAAAGAAUAGAUGCCCUGAAGCAGUUUUUGGAACAUGACCGCAAAGUCCUACGCUUCUACUGCUACUGGGAUGAUACCGAGAGCAUGUUUGGAGACCCCAGAGAGCUGAUCUUGCAUUACUUCCUGGCAGAUGACACAAUGGAAAUUUACGAAGUUGUCCUUUCAAACUCUGGUCGAGAUGCUGUCCCUAAAUUUCUGCACAGGGGAAAGCUUCCCAAGCAUGCUCCUAUUCCCAAACAUCAGCCUGGAGAAAUAACAGACCGCACAGUCCUCAAUGUAUUCGGACCAGUCGGACAAGGAGGACGCUACAUUUUGGAUAGCCUCAAGACUGGAGCAGUAGAAGAACAAUUCUACAAAGACUGUGACCUGACCGUUGGAGGCGUCAUUAAUGUGUGGGGUCGUAGGAUGUUAAUAUGUGACUGCGACAACUUCACUAAAGAGUAUUAUCGCUCUAAAUAUGGUAUUGAGGACUUCACACCUGUCUCAUACCAGGCCUCGCUCCCUCCUAAACUAGCCAGACAGGUGCCACCCUACACUGGAUUUGGAUCUGAGGAAGAUUCGCUGUGCUCCUGUCAGGGUUUGCUGCCUAAACCUCCACAGAAGGAUUUCAAGAAGCUUAUGGAAAAAGACAGGCACGGUCUGGUAAGCAAUGUGUUGAGAUUUGUGGCGAAAAUGCUUACAGACAGUCCUAUCGACAAGGAACGUGUUUUUAUCAUAUAUGUCUACCUCAGUGAUGAUACCAUUGCAGUCUUUGAACCUCCUCAGAGAAACUCAGGUGUGAUUGGGGGUAAGUUUUUAAAGAGAGGUCAAGUGAAGAAGCCAGGACAGGAGCUAUUUAAGAGUGAGAUGUCCAAGUAUUUCACAGCUCAGGAUUUGUAUGUGGGAGCUCGGCUGGAUCUGAACAAUCAGCCCUUCCAGCUGCUGGAUGCUGAUGAAUUUACAUUCGACUACAUGGAGCAGCAUGCAGAUGAGUUCCCCAAGGCCAAUAUUGGCACCAUUAUUAGCAAGGUAAAAUCCAUCAGUGAGGAAGAGCAGAAGAAAGUAAAACAGUUCUUCACCAUGAGUGACCCAAGCAGCACUGGCUUCAUUCCAUAUGAGUCAUUUAGGACCCUGUUGGCUGAAAUGGACGUUCAGUUGUUUGAACACGAGAUCAUAACGCUGGGUCGCAAUUAUUCAUCGCGGGAACAACCAGAGGUGAACUUGGGCCUCAUGCUUGCUGUGGCUCAGGAUCAGCUAAAGAAGAACAACUUUGAGAACUUCACAGAUAUGAUUCGAGCCUUCGCACAUGAGGACCGGGACAGAUCUGGACACCUCUCUUCUAAAGAGGCACAGAUCAUCUUUAAAGCCUUCCGACUGCCCCUGUCUGAUGACCUACAACGAGCCCUCCUCGAAAAGUUUCAAGACGAGUCUGAGAAGAUUGACUAUCACGCUUUCCUAUCCAAUAUCAACUGGAGAGAAAACCCUGCCCCUGCUGUGCUUCCAGAUGUCACUGUGAAGUUUGAUGCAGACUGGAGAGGAGACGCUGCAGACCCUGCAGUUAAAACCAUCAACUACUCGCUCUUUCUGGAGGACGUCUUUGGCAGCGCCAUGAACAUUAAUGACAGCUGAGAAUGGCCUGAUGGGAUCCUCAAUAACAUGAGAAAGUCAAGAAAUCUGCUCGACUUUGUGUAUUGCGCUGAUUAAGUUCACAUUGUUGCACAUGGUUGUUUCUGUUGUGCUGCAUAAAUGUCAUAAUACCAUUUAUGUGUAUUUUUUAUUCAACAUAAAAUCAAAAACAUGCUGGAAUGAGAGAGCUGUUUGGAAGUGCCUUAUGUGCCUUGGGACCAAGCGUGGAGCAGUUAAAAAUAUGAGCCGCUAAAUCAAACCAUAUUUCAUAUACAGGCAGACAGACAUGCACAUUUGCCAUGAUUAUGUGGAUAAAGCUGUCAAUAUAAUACAGCAACAUGCCAUAGGCAUAUGAGAGAAAAUAACUGCCCGCUAUAAAG